ACCUCUGCUGUGACCACAGUGAGAGCACAUCGGCGGGUCCUUUGAGUCCAGCGUGUUGUUGGUCAUCUCUAAGCAGGGCGCCAUGCCUACCGUGGUCUUGAUGGACGUGUCUCUGUCCAUGACGCGGCCGGUGUCGCUGGACGGCAGCGAUGAGUUCCAGAGGAAGAACCUGGCUGUCCACGGACUAAACAUGUUGUUUGAACACAUGGCCUCAAACUACCGCUUGGAGUUCACCUCGCUGAUGGCUUUUUCUUCCCUGUGGGAGCUCUUGGUGCCUUUCACCAGAGAUUACAAUACAUUACAGGAGGCUCUGAGCACCCUGGAAGACUAUGACAAGACAUGUGUAGAAGGCGCUCUUAAUGGAGUUAGUAACGUGGUUCAGCAGGAGUGGGGCAGUGCCUGUCCCUGCCAGGUGGUGCUAGUUACUGAUGGAUCUCUUGGUAUUGGAAAGGGUUCCUUACGCCACUCCCUCCAAACACGGAAGCAUCGAGGGGAUGACAAGAAGUUCCCACUCCCUUUCCCUUUCCCUACCAAACUGUUCAUCAUGUCUGUAGCCAAUGCAGAGGAGUUGCAGAUGACUGAUGCCAUGGACAACUUGGAGGAGCUACUUCGUCUCAGCGGAGGGGAUGGACAGAUCUUUACCAUGGAGGGACCACUUUGCAUGAAGAGUGUGCAGGCCAUGUUUGGGAGGCUGAUUGAUCACGCGUACUCUCCCUUCCAUGCUGUCCUGCACUGUGGGAACUUGUCCUCAGACGUCCAGGUGUUCCCUCGGCCUGAGCCUAUUGUGAUGGAUGAAGAGGUGGAGCCCAUGCCCCGAUCAGUCAAUAUAGAUUUGGAAAUUGUGGGCUUCAUUGAAAUUGCUGACAUUGCCAGUCCUCCUGUUAUUUCCAGACACUUGGUAUUACCUAUUAAUGUAAACAAAGAGGUGGAUGAAGUUGGCACAGGAGCCACAGAUGAGCUCGAGGAGGAACCCUCUGCCAGUCAAAUGGCAGGCAAAAGCCCAAAUUUCUGUGUACUUUUACAUGGCAGCCUUAAAGUAGAGGGCAUGGUGGCACUGGUUCAGCUGGGGCCAGAGUGGUAUGGCAUGCUGUACUCCCAAGCAGACAGUAAAAAGAAAUCAAACCUGAUGAUGUCCCUGUUUGAGCCCGGUCCAGAGCCUCUGCCUUGGCUGGGCAAGAUCACUCAUUUGGGACCAAUAUCGGAGGCUGCUGAAAAUCCCUAUGGAGAAGAUGACAGUAAAAGUCCUUUCCCUCUGCAGCCGUCAGCCAAACGAAGCUACGCGCAGAACGUCACUGUCUGGAUUAAAGCCAGUGGGCUACAGACUGAUGUCCAGAAGAUCCUACGGAAUGCAAGGAAAUUGCCAGAUAAAACUCAAACCUUCUACAAGGAGCUGAACCGUCUUCGGAAGGCUGCCUUGGCGUUCGGUUUCUGGGAGCUCCUGAAGGGCGUGGCGGACCUGCUGGAGAGAGAGUGCACCCUGCUGCCGGACUCUGCCCAUCCAGAUGCUGCUUUCCAGCUCUCCCAUGCCGCACAGCAACUCAAACUGGCCAGCACUGGUGACUCCCAGUAUGCUGCUUUUGAUCACAACAUUGCUCCCAUGCACACAGACUUCUCCAGCUGAGCCACGUCUGAAUUAGAGAAAGUUCACCCAAACGAUAGUAUCCUCCGCCUGUCUGUGUUUAAGGAAAUCAAAGGGGCUGCUUCAAGAAGCCAUCCGUGGAACCUAAAGGAGUCCAAUUGAUGACUUAAGAGUUGUUAUUUGACACUCGAACCAUGGCGAACGGUACAUAAUGAGGUUUGUAAAAUGUUAGAAUGGUCUUUUCUUUUUUUGUACUUGUUCUUUUGUAGGACUGUUUUCACAAAUUGUCCAGAUAAGUUUUUAUUCAGUCUCAAAUAACAUUUACAGGAAACCUGUGAAAUGACUGUUAUUGGCAUUUAAAAUUCAGGUAAAAAUUAUUAAAUAAAUCAGGGAAGGCAUACAAAGUCUACAUAGCAAGAUAUUAUUGUACAGAAUUAACAAUUCUUUGAUUUCAGAAGGCCCCAGUGUAAUUUCCCCUGAGUUUUGUUGUACGGUUUAAAAAUCUGGAAUGUUAACAAAUGUAAGUAUUUGUUCAGAACGUUGUUCGUCAUUCAUACAAAAUAACUAAUAGUAGCAAUAUCACUGCAAAAAAAACACAUUAAAAGAAAAUUAAUCAAUA